CUAGUGGUAUUGCUUACUAUCCGUGCGAUUUUUUUGGCUUCGUAGGCGUUGAUGUCGCUGGACUCUCUCCAGGAAUUACUGGCUGAAGUAAACGCCUACCCAGAUGGCACAGAUCUCCUUAUAACCGCAUUUUAUACAUCUGCACACCAUUAUAGGCGGAGCACAAUUUGCACACCCUUCCCAUCCGAGGUUCUCGCGCCCUUACCUGGCACCAAGGACAAGGACUUUGCAUCGCUUCAACGAGCGCUCGCAGCGCUUCCCGCUGUACAAUCCCUGCUUGGCGGCGAAGAUGUGCUCCGGAACCUGCCUCCAACAACCCUCGCGCUGCUGCAAUGGCUACUGCUGCACCCGACACGACGGCGGCACUUCUCGCAGGCAACCAUCGGGGAGAUGCUGCGGGAGCUUCCGCAGCGUGACAGCAGCAUGAGGGGAUGGCGGCUGCCUGGCUUUGCUGGACACAACACACCCGCGGUUGUGCUGCGUGCGCAUGAGGGCUAUGCGCAGGCUCCCUUCCCGCGCGGCACCGUGGCCUACCACGGCACGCACCUGGAGAACCUGCACUCCAUCCUGCACACCGGCCUGCAGAACCUCAGCGGCACCCGCCUACAGCGCACGGGGGCGAACUUUGGCGCCGGCAUCUACCUCAGCACCAAUUACGACACGGCGUUCAGCUUCUGCCAGCCGUGCAUCUCAUGGCCGCUGUCGCGCUUCGGCUCAAAGCUCCGAGCGCUGUUGGUGUGUGAGGUAGACCUGGACAGGGUGGAUCACACACCCUCCCAAUCGCUCCCCUCUGCCACCGCCACUGCCGCGACCGCCUCUUCCGCUGCCUCAGACGCCGCAUCCCUAACCCACCACCGCCAUUCGGACAAGGACCUUCCAGAUACCUACCUGCUCGUACAACGCGCCGAUGCGUUGCGUUUGCUGUACGUGCUGAUUUACUGCGACGCAGCAACGGCCGCCGUCCCGGCUGCAGCCGCUGCCGGUGCGGCAGGGGGCCGAAGGCGUGUGAACUUGUGCACUUUGAUGGUGGUGAUUUACGCGGGCUUUUUGCUGGCAAAGGGUCUCCUGGCAGCGCUGCGACAACAUCGCUUUUAGCCUCAUGCAGUGCUGAUGACCCCUUGUACGGCAUGGAGAUACGUGCGGGCAAUGAUGAGUUGACGGUUUGGGCCUGGCUGCCGCGGGCGUUCUAUGGAAGUGCCAGUUGCCUGUAUAUGAUACCGUGCCAACGUUUAUACCAGUCUUACUUGUGUAGUUCCCUAUUGGUGACUUCCUUUUCGAUACAAUGCAUACUGUCUGCAUGGCUUGUGUGGAGUGGGUUUCAACAUAAGACAGGUAGUGGGUGUUACCGAUAUUUUGCGAGAGCGUGUUGCGGGGUAGAGGUUUGUAGCAAGGCCCAGUGCACUGCGAACCAUAGGAGACCAAGCAAGGCAGGCGGCCGUGCAUCUUGGUACUGAAGCCGGUUUUGAUGUGGUCAACACAAGAUUGCGGCAAAUGAACAUGAUGUACUUGCCCGAAGUUGGGAGCUGCCGCUGGGAAAUCUGUGGGACCAAUCUACUGGUUGCUGUAUCGUGCGUCGGUUAAGGCUAUGUUCGUGGCUGCCACACCAUGCCAGGUCGCUGGGCUAGACCCCCAAAGCAUGGAGCAUAAAGCUUCGUGGCUGCAUGCACCAUAUGAGCAAAAGCCACGUAAAUAACUGUGGAGCGAGG